AAUCACUGUUUCUCCACGCUUCACUCUUUUCCCUCGGUGGUCCAGAUUUCCGCGAGAGGAGUCCUAUAACACAGCAAACUUUGAAAAACUUGGAGGUGAUUUGAAGGAAGGAGCAGAGGAAAGAGAAAUAUGGAUUGGAAUGGAAGCGUAAGAACCUUUGUUCCUCGACCAGAACCUUCUUUCAACUUCCUCUUCAAUUAUAACUAUGAUCAUCAUCAAUAUCCAGGGACGGAAAUGAAGCAUCCUGCUACAAUGGCUGAGGCGGCUGCUGCAGCACAUGGGUUUGUUCCUGCAAUGGAGAAGAACUGCUACGGCGAGAAGAAGAAGAGGUUGACGAAUGAUCAGUUGGAGUCGCUGGAGAGGAGUUUCCAGGAGGAGAUCAAGCUGGACCCCGAUCGCAAGAUGAAGCUAUCUAAGGAGCUCGGCCUCCAGCCUAGGCAGAUUGCCGUUUGGUUCCAAAACCGGCGUGCUAGAUGGAAAGCUAAGCAGCUUGAGCGCUUGUACGAUGCCCUUAAACAGGAGUUUGAUGUCAUCUCCAGGGAGAAACAGAAACUUCAAGAAGAGGUCAUGAAAUUGAAAGGCAUGCUAAGGGAUCAGCAGGUGGGGGCAAGGAACCAAGUGUCAACAGGUUACACAGAAGUGUCCGGUGAAGAGACAGUGGAAAGCACAUCGAUUCACGGUUCCGACAAGCCACGAGGAGCGACCAGUGGCCACCAUCAGAUGGCACAGUGCAGCUAUCUGUUCAAUGUGGACGAGUAUAACCCAGUAUCACCUCCCUACUGGGGCGUGCAGCAGCAGCUGCCUUCCUAUCCCUAAGUCAUCUCUCUUAAGUUAGUGUUAAUAUAUGAGCUGAUGAGUUUUAUCUAGAUUAAUUUAGUUUAGCUAAGUAGGUUUAAUUAUAACAUAUCUUAGACUUGGAUUAGUCUUAAUUAGCAAUUAAGGUAGGAAGAAUGGAGGAAUAUGCCUAAUCUCUUUCUACUGAUCUGAUCGAGAAUUGUCAGGUGAUCAAAUGAGCUGUUUAAGUCUUAUGUUUAGAAGCCAAAAUAAUUUUCUUGACUAUGAGGUACUUUUUGCAUGAUUAGUUUAGUUACGUUGUAUUUUUAUUUUUAUUUUUUAUGAUGGAUAAAUAUUUACUUAUCUA